AUGAAGACUUCAUUUACUGUUUUGUUCCUUGUUGUUAUACUCUUUAGCUCCUCUUUCAUUGAAAAUGCAGCAAUGGCUACUUCAAGUUAUUGUGACCAAAAGUGCAGUGCAAGAUGUUGGAAGGCAGGACUAAAGAAACGUUGUUUGAAGUAUUGUGGAAUAUGUUGUGUUGCAUGCAAUUGUGUUCCUUCUGGCACAUAUGGAAACAAGUCUGAAUGUCCUUGUUAUAGAGACAAGUUGAACUCUAAGGGAAAACCUAAAUGUCCUUAA